GUUACAAAUAUUUGUAGAACAAUGUCUUCAAUUUUGCAAAACGUUGGCUGGAGGAGUCACAAUGUUCUGGAAAAUAUUGAUGAGCAAGACAGUCCUCUGCCUGAUAAAUUCCGAAAGAUGCCAUCGUCAAGCUCCCUCAACUCCCUGAGAAUGUCCUUGAGGAAGAGGAUGCCUCUAAAGCCUGUGGAAAUGAAUGUGAAUGCUGUGCCUGAUUGGGAACGAGUGGGGGUCAAAGAGAAACAGCGUCCUCUGAAAUCCAUGACGGUUACAGCAAAGAACAUGUUUGGAGCUGUGUCACAGAAGAUAAAGAAAUCAGGACAGAAGUCAAGUAAUUACUUACUUGCUUCCCCACAACAAUUUAAAGGUUCAAAGAAAGAAAUCCGUACUCCCAGAAGUAAUAAGAAAUAUUCAACGCCCAGAACUCCUAGAUGUCGCAGGCUGAUAGAGGAAGCCAGUCCAAAUAUGAGGGUGACACCCAAGUCCACCAGGAGGAUUUCUCCUUCUAGCAGAAGAGCAAGCAGCUCUCAGUGGAGAAACUUCUCUAGCUUGGUUGUAAAUGAAGGUCUUACCCUGCGGAGGUCUGUUCGAGCUGCUUCCCUGAAGAGCCCAUAUGCCUCACCUGUAACAGUUAGCAGGAGAAGAAAAUUCGACAAAGACCUAGAAACCGUCUCAGCAGGAAUCCUGCAGCUAAAACGCCUCUCCAGGGUAUUUGAUGAUGCCAUCUUGAAGGAAGAAAGAAAAGAAGCCAUUUUGAAUUAUCACAGCUUAAUGGCUAGAAAUCUGAAUUGUGCCCGCCAUUCUCGGCUGUCGUGGAAAAGAAAUACCCGGCGAUUUCAGCAUACAAUUGAAGGCUGGACUGAGGUGGCUUUAACCAGUAUUGGCAACAUUGGUGCACACUGACAUUAUGCUACGGUGUAGCCACCUUUGUGGAUUUGUAUAUAAAUGUGUGUAUGUAUAUAUCUAUGU